CUCUUGUAUUUCAUCAUUCUACCGGUCAAACAUCCUUCGAGUCAAGACCCAAAGCCUGACUACCAUGUCAAAUUCACCACUUGCUCAGCCGCUGCCGCUGCCCUGCGGCCUGACGCUGCCAAAUCGACUCGUCAAAGCCGCCCUGGCUGAGCAGAUGGCAGAUUCUCAAAAACUCCCCACUCCAGCUCAAUUCAAUCGAACUUAUGGCGCCUGGGCUGAUGGAGGUUGGGGCAUGAUCCUGACUGGCAAUGUUCAGGUUGACGAACGUUAUCUUGGCGGCCCUGACGACAAUGUAAUCGACGCGAGUGCAAGCUUGUCGGAAGAACAGGUGCUCGAGGCAUACAGGAACCUGGUCAAUGUCUGCCGUCGCGCAGGAACCCCCACGAUUGUUCAGAUUAACCAUCCCGGACGACAAUCUCCCCUCGGAGCUGGGAAGCGCAGCAUGUUUUCCAAGUCCCUCGCACCCAGCGCUAUCCCGUUGAACAUGGGCUCGGACAUGCUCUCGAGGAUCCUGGGCAGCCUGGUAUUCGGCACUCCCAAGGCAAUGACGGUUGCCGAUAUCGAAGACGUCGUCCAGCGUUUUGCCAAUGCAGCCCGCAUCGCAGCCGAGGCAGGAUUCGACGGAAUUCAGAUUCAUGCUGCCCAUGGAUAUCUCCUCUCGCAGUUCAUGUCUGCGCGAUCGAAUCGAAGGACCGACGCGUACGGCGGGUCGGCAGCUGCCAGAGUCAAGAUUGUUAUAGAUAUCAUCAAAGCCGUGCGAGCUGUGGUGCCCAAGACGUUUUGCAUCGGUCUCAAGUUCAAUUCGGUCGAUCACCAAACCUCGAGCAGUGCGGGAGCUUCCUCCGAGCUAGACGAUUGCCUCGAGCAGGCUGUUCUUAUAGCAGAGACUGGUCUGGACUUUUUGGAGAUUAGCGGCGGUACAUAUGAAAAUCCCCUUAUGGUGACCGGAACUGAUACCACUACUGCUCCGUCGGAAAGAACCGCAGCUCGGGAAUCGUUCUUUUUGGACUUUGCAAAGGAGAUCAGAGCAAAGCUUCCGAACAUGGCCUUGAUCGUGACUGGAGGCUUCCAAAGUCGCCAGGGUAUGGAGCUUGCCCUCAAUGAAGGUGCUUGCGACAUGAUCGGAAUGGGGCGACCAGCAGUGCUCAACCCAUCGCUCCCAUUGAACAUAAUCUUCAACAAGGAAGUUCCCGAGGCCGACGCAAAGGUGUACCGCAAAAAGAUCACGCCACCUUGGUUGCUCAAGGCAUUGGCACCGAAAUCAGUCGGCGCGGGCUUUGAGAGUACAUGGUAUAGCAAACACAUGCAGAAGAUUGGGCUGUAG